AUGAGCGGGCGUAAUACUCUAUCGUAUGAUCAAGUGGAGUCGUUUUUAAACUGUGAGAUUCCUCAGGACCUUGAGGAUGAAAUACUGGCGACAUUGGCGAAUUACAAUAUUGAGAAGGAUAUGACUACCGAUGACCUCGAGAACUAUUUUGAAGAUCUAAAGUUACCUAAAGAAUUGUACAAAUUGGCAAAUAAGCAAAAUUUAAUUGUAUCUAACACGAGGGUGGUGGAUUUCGAAAAAAUUCUCAAGUUCACUUACCAUUUACUGAUAUUUAUGGAUAAUGAAUCCACGAUCGAUGAGCUGUGGUCCGUGUUGAUUAAAUAUUCCGGUAGAGAUGCGCAAUUUCCAAACGUUUUGCUUAAAAAUCACAUUCUCAGUACCAAAGAUUUACAGAAAAUAUCAAAUUCGAUUGGAAUGGAUAAUUCAAGUGGCAUUAUUGAAAUGAUGAACAUCGCUACAAAUGGUCUCAAAGUUUAUUUGAAUUAUUUAGAUUUUGCAUAUAUUCUAGGAAAAUUGGGUUAUUUAAGGUACCAAAAGUCUUAG